UACAAGAAUUUUCCAAAUAUUCGAGGAUUAAGACUUUCGAUAUAGUUUUAUAUAUGAGUAUAUAUCUAAAUUAUUUUAUUCGCUAAAUUUUGCAGUAGUAUCAAAAGUAGCAAUGGGUAAAUUUAGGCUAAAUAACUACGCUUACGAUCUGUGUUGUAAGAAACCUUUGCCCAAACAGCGUCCGGUUAAGUCUAUUUUGUCUGCUAGUAAUUCACCUCCGGGUAAUAGUAAAGAAGCUUCUCCUAGUGCUUCACAAAAAGUCUGUUCCAAGCGUAACAGUAAAGAUGUUCUCUCCACACGUAAAAAGCGAUUUAUCCAUAAAAAGAGUCGUAAAAAAUUGAUCCCACCAAGCCAAUGCCAAAGUAAAGAGUCUCGUGUUAGUAGCAAAAUUAAGGCAGCACGUGAUGCAUGGUGUAAUUUGUCAGACCUGAAGAAAUGGCAAAUCAAGUCCACUGUGCUACACAAGACCGGCCAUGGGACUUGUGAAAAACAUGCAGAUGAUUUUUCUAGAAAACUUAAAUCCUGCGGUAACCACUCAACUAAGAAACGAUGUACUUUAAAUCAGAAAACCAUAACCUCAAAAAAAAGGAUGAGUCCUAAACAAUUGAAUAAUAUAGAAAAUAAAAUAUGUUUGCUACUUUUGAAAAAAAUUUUACAUAUUGCUCAUGAAAAUUCUAAAAAGGCAAAAUCUUCUGUUUCUUCUGCGGGAAAACUGAUGGCGAAUACGGUUGCAGAUUCAAAGGUUCACCACAAGUCUGCGAAAAAACUGAUGUCGAAUGCAAUUCCAACUUCAAAGGUUCACCACGAUUCUGCGGGAAAACUGAUGUCGAAUGCAAUCACAGCUUCAAAGGUUCACCACGAUUCUGCGGAAUAACUGAUGCCGAAUGCAAUUACAGAUUCAAAUGUUCUCCACGAUUUGAUAUACAUUGCAGAUUUGUCAAAUAUUUCCAGUGAUGAAAUACAUUUGCAAUUUAAAAGCUGAAGUCCAAACAGAUUUGGGUAUGAAGUCAACUUGAACUAGUCGAUUAAUCAGAAAACUAAAUAGUUAUGGAUGAGUCGGAUUGAAAACAGUUGCUUUAAAACCAGAACCUAAUACCACGUGUUUUCUAGAAAAACAAAUAAAAUGCAUAAAAAAUAUAACUUGGACUGCAAGUAAACAAUUGUUUGUUUGUAAUUAAAAAAAAUUAAUAUCGUGCAUUUUUCACAUAAAAUUGUAA